CGAGGGGCGGGCGGAGCGCUAGGAAAGAGGCGCGUUGGGCUGUGCGGCGCCGCCUCUCCUCCUUGCCGGGGGAGGGACGGAGGGGCAGGGCGGGAGAGAAAGAAAGCCCGACUGACCGGCUGGCCAAGAGGUGCAUGCAACCGGUGGGAGGCCGGGCGGGCUGGGGCUGGGGCUUGGGCUCGGGCCGUUUCUCGGCGGGUCCCUGGCGGCGAGCGCGGACGGCCCGGAGGCGGCGGCUCUGAGCUGGCAGGCGGAGGGUUGUCUCCCGCGCCCGCCUGCCGGGCUCGGUCCGAGGAUGCGGGGGGGCGAUGCCCGGGGCCAGGGACGCGCUCUGUCACCAGGCGCUGCAGCUGCUGGCCGAGCUCUGUGCCCGCGGGGCCCUGGAGCACGACAGCUGCCAGGAUUUCAUCUACCACCUGCGGGACCGCGCCAGACCCCGGCUCCGAGACCCAGAUAUCUCAGUGAGCCUGCUGACCCUUGUGGUCACUGCCUGUGGCCUCGCCCUCUUUGGCGUGUCUCUCUUCGUGUCUUGGAAACUCUGCUGGGUUCCGUGGCGAGAACGAGGCCUGUUCUCUGGUAGCAAAGACAACAACCAGGAGCCUCUUAACUACAUGGACACAGAGACCAACGAGCAGGAGAACAGUGAGGGCUUCCUAGACCCUCCCACCCCUUGUCCAGACUCCUCCAUGAAGAUCAGCCACACCUCCCCUGACAUUCCCCUCUCGACCCAGACAGGGGACCGGGAGAACUGUGCCCAUGGCGUCCGUGUACAGCGCCAAGUCACAGAGCCAACAACCUCAUCAGCUCGGCAUAAUUCAAUCCGAAGACAACUCAACCUGUCAAACCCAGACUUCAAUAUCCAACAGCUUCAAAAACAGGAACAGUUGACUGGAAUUGGUCGAAUUAAACCGGAGUUAUAUAAGCAGAGGUCACUGGAUAAUGAGGAUGGGAAAAGGAGUAACAGCAAAGCCUGUGGGAAGCUGAACUUCAUUUUAAAAUAUGACUGUGACUUAGAGCAACUCAUAGUGAAGAUUCACAAAGCUGUCAAUUUGCCCGCCAAGGACUUUUCUGGGACUUCAGAUCCUUAUGUCAAGAUCUAUUUGCUUCCCGAUCGGAAAACAAAACACCAGACUAAAGUUCACAGAAAGACCCUGAACCCUGUGUUUGAUGAAGUGUUUUUGUUUCCGGUUCCCUACAAUGACCUUGUAGCCCGGAAGCUUCACUUCUCUGUCUAUGACUUUGACAGGUUCUCUCGCCAUGACUUAAUCGGCCAAGUGGUGGUGGAUCACUUCUUAGACUUGGCUGAUUUCCCCAGGGAGUGCAUCCUUUGGAAGGAUAUCGAAUAUGUCACCAAUGACAACGUGGAUCUUGGAGAGCUGAUGUUUUCCCUCUGCUAUCUUCCCACGGCUGGCAGGCUGACCAUUACCAUUAUAAAAGCAAGGAAUUUAAAGGCAAUGGACAUAACGGGAGCAUCAGAUCCCUACGUGAAAGUCUCAUUGAUGUCUGAUGGCAGACGAUUGAAGAAGAGGAAAACGUCCACCAAGAGGAACACUCUGAACCCUGUUUACAACGAAGCCAUAGUCUUUGACAUCCCUCCCGAGAAUAUUGACCAAAUCUACUUGUCCAUAGCGGUCAUGGACUACGACCGUGUAGGUCACAAUGAGAUCAUCGGCGUGUGUCAAGUAGGCAACGAAGCUGAGAGGCUGGGCAGGGACCACUGGAGUGAAAUGUUGUCAUAUCCGCGCAAGCCCAUUGCACACUGGCAUUCCCUGGUGGAGAAACGAUGACUGUGGGUAAGAGGACCACUUAUGCCAAGAACACAGUAGGACAACCAUCUUACAAAGAUCUUCAGUAACUUUUCCCAUCCAACAACAUCUAGACGACGCCAGUGACCAAAUAUUCAGCUGUAACCACAGCAGUAACUGGCCCUCUUUCCAGAUUGGGUUUGCUGAACGUGAACAGUCCAGCCGUCUUCAGGUGGCCUAAGGUGGUAUGCUGUAGGGGAAGCACAUCUCUUCUGGCCAAGAAUUGAGAUUGGACUAUGGAAGAAACCACCUGAUACAGUGAGAGUACUCAGAGUACCUAAAGGACUCUUAAUGAUUAACAUAAGGCCCUUGGUGAUGGGGUCUUAGCAGCUGCCCUGGCAAUGUCACUCUGACGUGAUGUUAUUUGCUUGAAGGCCCUGGAAGGACAGAAUAUUUUAAAAUCUAUCCAGGUGCUAAAUAGGAAGCAGUUCUAAUUCACACUGGACGACCACUGAGCUAAUAGUUGUCUGCAGAAAAUAAUUUCACCCAAGAAGUACUGCAGCUUUGCAAGGAAUAGCCCCAGGAGAGUAAUAGGAUAAGCAAGCUGUUACCCUGGAGAAAAUCGAGUACAAAGAGGUCUAGUUCACAGCAAAUUCGCUGCCUACUCCCAUGUACAUGGCAGUGAGUACCAGUUGAUCAUGGCCCUCUCUUCUGCUAAACCCAGAUGUGAGGAGCCAGAAUCCCCAACACUGUUUUCAAGAUGGCCAGUAGCCACUUCCUUUCAACUGGUGUUGGCAAUGAGAAUGAAAGUCCAUUGUCAUCCCUGUUAGAGAGGCAUACAUCUCAGUGGCAUAGGCAUUCUGGAAUACCUUUCCCAGGUACAUUUGUCCACUGAGGGAACAGCCUCAGAAACAGAAGUACCAUUGAGUGAGCUGAGUUCUUGGAGAGAUGAUACGGCUGGCCCCUGAUUCAAGGCACAACUUUUGGGCCUUCUUGGCCUGAGUGCCUUUUGGGGUAUUUCCACAUGCAACAGCCCAGAGGCAUAGCCUUGGGCAGCCACCGACAGGUUUCCUUUCACUUCUGGACACAUGCAUCACUUUCACAGCACUUGGGGAAUGGAAAUACCUGCAGGAGUGAAGGUCAGAGGCUCUCCCCGGGUAUCACAUUCAUUACUCGGCUUCCCUUGUGACCACAUCAGCCAACCCACUGCCCGCUGUGUUCUUCAUCCUCAUUGCUUCUGCCUCCGUACAAAUGAAACUAAAGGCCUCAGCAUGCCCUGGGGGUGGUAUUGUUACCUCUCUCUCCCAUUAUAGGUGUAAGGUGCCCCGUCCAUACAUUUGCACCAUUUCUCCAAGACAGCAUUUCCCUUUCGUACAGUCGCUUUGCAGCAGAAUCCAGAGUUGGACUGUAGUUUACCAUCCUGGGAAGCUCAUUUAUCUUAUUUGAAUUAACACUUCCAUGUGGGACUAACUGGGUGGAAGCACAAUCAUUGCAGGUCUUCAGAAAGUUCUUAUUGCCACAGCUACCCAGUACAAGAAACUACCCUAAUGUCAGAUCUUAAAAGGAUGGAGACCUUUGGUUGUAUGAGGCAGCGUUACAAUAUUCCAGCUUCACGUGCUCCCCAGCCUGCCUAAUCCAUUUCCAUCUCUGACUGGCUUUCACCCUCCGGGAUCCAAAGGGAACCCAAGGUUCUGCCUAUGUCUGUUGACAUGAGAAGAAUUCAACCUUCUUUGCCCAAGGUUCCCUCUGCCUAUUCCUCUGCAUUCAGACAUCUUCCAUCAUACCAGUGUUUAGAACCAAAGCAUGAAGGACUAGUGCCAGCAGAAAUAUUAUCUCUAGAUCCAGGCAGAUGAGCCCAGGAGGAUGGUCCCAGAGAAACCAGACUGGCCCCAGUAGAUAUCAGGCAGCCAUCCCAAUAAACUUUGACUUGUCCUUGGCACUGGGAGCCUGGGUAGGAGAUCCUGGGGCAGCUGUGCCUGUUGUUCCCCAGACUAAGAUCUUCCUGCCUAGAGAACUAGCAGCCCUGGGGUACUUAUGAGUAUGCUACUGGCUUGUUGUUAUGAAACAGAAGGUGGCUUUGUAGGGGCCAGCAGGCAAAGUGAGGCAGGCAGGUGGCUUGUGCUGGAGAGCUUUGCCUAACAGUCCAGCUGUGGCCAGAGGCUGGUUAUAAAUUUGAACUCCUUGAGCCCAUCUGCAACUCUGCCUCUGUUCUCUUGCCUUCUGUUUGGUUUCCCUUUAGUUUCCUAGUAAAUAUUCCUUUUGAAAAAUUCCAACCUUGUUUCAUUGAACUUGGGGGGAAGGUAAUUCUCCAUUGUCUUUUCCAGGAUAGAGAAGGAAAUUAAAGUACCUUGAAAAAAUGGAAAUGGCAGUGGAAAGGGAUAUAACCUGGUUAGAUCUUUGGAAGAGACCUUGGGGAAAACUGGUUCCAAGAGAUGGGGAGAAACCAACUGUCUCCCUCAAUCACCUGGCACUGAUUCUCAGCCCAUUCCUCUUGCUGCCUUUGUCUUCAAGGAGAUCUGCCCUGGUUGCGUGUUGCUGCAAAAGCAUCUUCCCAGCCAGUGAACCGGGCACAUUUUGCAGGCGAUGUGAUACCUAGGAAGUACACUGGUGCAUGACCAGAGGAGGAAUAGGGGAGGGGAGGGAAAGGAAUGGUUUCUACAGUGUGGAUGUUUUCAAAAUGCCCAAACAAGCAUGACUGUAAAUGGAAUGAUUUUGUCCUUAUGGCCAUCAGUAGAACUACAUUUCAUAUGAAGAGAAGAGAGGCGUACUCUCAAGCCAACAAGACUGACAAAAGAUAGAUACGGAAAAUGUCUUGCUAUCUUCAUGGCCAUCCUGUCCUGGUGGGUGUCCCAAUUAUCUAUUGCUGCAUAACAAAGCACUACAAAACUUAGUGGUUUAAAUGGCAAGUUAUCUCUCACGAUUCUGUGGGUUGGCGGUGUUUAGGUGAUUGCUCUCUCUUGGAGUCUUACGGUUGCUAUCAGAUGGCAGCUUGAGGCUGGUAUCAUCUGAAUACGGAACUGGGCAGGAUAUCCAUGAUGGACUCUUUGCAUAUACAUCUGGCUCCUCUAUUGGGAUGACCAGAACAGCUGGAGGCUGAUUGGGCGCCUCUCUACACAUAGUCUCGCCACAUGGUUAGCUUGUGCUUCCUCACAACAUGGAGGUCUCAAGGCAGUCAGACUGCUUUCAUAGCGGCUGGCUUCCCCCAGAGCUAACGUUGCAAGAGGUCCCAGUAGAUGCUGCAAGGCUCUUCUAAAUAACCUCAGAAGUAACAACACAGAGUCAUUCCCACCACAGACUGUUGGUCAAAAGCAAGUCACAGGGCCAGCCUAGAUUCAAGGGGAAGGGAUUACACAAGAAUGGAAUACCAGAAAGUGUGGCUCAUCUCAUUGGGGCCACUUUGGAGAUAGUGGGGAUGGGAGUGGAGGGGGAGGUGUCACUGACUCAGAAGGCUUCCUGGAUAGCUGUCACUUUAAAAUCACAUGCAAUACUUAACAUGCACGAGGGUGGAGUGAGGGGGGAAUAAUAAGGGGCAGAGGAGAAGGGGGAGGGUUAUUCAUGAACACUUAAAUAGAGCCUAAGCUGAAGAAAAGUGAAUAGUUAUGAUCAAAACAGAACUUACAGUGUCACAAGAAACCCUGGAGGAAAAUUGUCAUUCUAGUGACUGCUCAAAAGCUUGAGUUGAGUGCUUUUUACCCCCCUUACCUUUACUGCCAAAGUAAAAGUGCAAACAAGACAUUCCCAUGCUUGGGGACAUACUUAGAAAUGAAAAUUCAAAGUAAGCAAGCAGAGGUGGUUUGUCCCUUUUCUGAAGACUUCGCUUCAGAAAGAAUUACUGUAGUUAAUUAGAUUUUAUCAAAUCUAGUUUAAGCAUAGCUCUGCCAGUUGAGGUCCUGGCAUGGCUAGUGUUGCCAUGGUGCUUUCUCCAGUCUGCCCUUCCCUCUCUUGCAGCAGUCCUGCCAUAUGGAAUAGUCAGGGUCAGUCCACUGCUCUUCCCUCCACCCUGGCCUCCUCCAAACGCAGCCACCUUGCUAGAACUUUCAAAGCAAAGUUAUAGAAAGUGAUUUAAUGAACUGAGAAAAGGACAUAACCAUGGAUGCGCACAUGGCCAAAAACAGUGUCUGCAGCCUGUAUGUGGAUUCUGAGAAUUCUGCAGGCCAUGUGGCUGCCCAUGGCCACCCACUUCACUGAUGGCCACUGAGGGGUAUUGAGAGUGUCCAGCCUGGGGGGGCCUUGGAAUGGCCAGAGAGGAUGGCCUCGCCUGUUUCUUUACUGUCCUGUUCUAGACCCCUGUGAAGAAUCUCUCUCACACAUAGGAUUCCUGAGCUGCUUGCUGACAUGGAGCACAACCAGAGGCUAAGAGUGGCCAGUGAGACCUCUCUGAGGCUUGGGUUUUCUCACCGAUGGGGUCUUCUGACUCUUCCCCCUCCAAUGCUCUCUCAGGGCCAAAAAGAGGCCAUAACCCUUCAAUGUCCUUUAACAACCACCUGUGGGCACUUUCCUAACCACAGACCCAGUGACACCUGCCACAAAGGCGCUGCUUGGCACCUUACCUUCUCAGCCAGAGAGAAGUCAUAGGCAGUGUUCAGAGAAAUCUAGUGUGUCUCUGAGAUGCCCGUUCCAUAUGAGUGGAGCCCUUCCAUUGUAGCACAAGCUAUUCUACCUUCUCUCCAACUUCAUAUCAAAUAGGCUGACCUUCAUGGAAGAAGUGAAAUAGUAAAGCUCAGGAAAAGAUAAUAAUCAGAAAAGUUGUCCCAGCAGUUAAGGAAAUCCCGGAGAAGACCUGUAGGAGAACUCUGAGAAAAAUAGGAAAAAGGAGGGUUGGCUGUUAUUCUGGGAGCUGCGGAAGACGAGCCCUGGUCCUCACCGCUAAGCCCAGAUGUGAGGUAAAGGAAGCUCUGGUCAGUGCCACGGACCUGCCUCCAGUGUUGAUGAUGUCAGAUAUAAAGCUCCCUUUGCUCAGUCUCCCCAGAGAACAGAUCGAGGCUCUCCAGUGACUAUGGCAGAACCCACUUCUUCCUUCUUCCACUCAAGAGGCUUACAUGUCGCUUGCUGCCUAGGCUCCCUGGGCAUAUGGGCUGCAAAGUUAAACCAGUAGUAUGAUCACUUCUGUCCCCUCGCUCCCUGGUGUCUUCUCACUGUGUCCAGGAGCUCUGGGCAUGGGAAGGACUAAGAAUCAAGAUUGAAGAUGCCCCCCAAGGCCUCAGAGGAUCGAGAGCCAGCCCUGAAGUCCCGUAACUGUGGCUAAGUCUCAGUGGCAUCAGGGUCCCCCAUCUCAUCCACAGGCCAGCUGAUGAUUCUCAUGUACCUCCUCCUGGUAGGGAAGAGGAGAACAGGCCAAGGGACCUGGGCCACAGAGGCUGUCCCCUUAACUCAUUGCUACUGCCUCUCCAAACUCCAUCAUAAGGUAGAUUUCCCUGGGAAAUGGAUGAGCAUUGCCAGACAGUUUUUUUUUUUAAGUAUAUUUAUCAAUAUGAAGAUUAUUGAUAACACCACAUCUUAUAGUUUACUAUGCAUGGUAUCAUUUUUUUAUCCAUUUUCUUUAUUUUUUGAAAAUUCAACUUGUAAUUCCAAGUGGUAAAGGUAGUUUAAAAGAAAAAACAAGUUAAUAUCUUCUUGGCUCGAUACUAAAUUUAUUGUAGUUAUUAUUCCAAUAACUAUCCAUUGCAUUAAAGCUAUUUCCAAACCAGCAUUUGACAUAGUAAUACUGAUGGUUUUUCCUAUCAAGUAAACAUCAUCUCCAAGACACUGACUUUUUCGCAAUUUAGAUAAAAUUCUUUCUGCAUGGCAGCAGUAUCCAGAUUUGAAUCUUCAAGUUAAGACAAUUUCUCUAAUUCCCCAAACUCAAAGCUUUCAGGUAAUAAUAAAAUCAUUUCUUCAAAUACCUAAAGAUAUUUGUAUCCACGGCCUCGGAGAUGAACUUAUGGAUUAUAGAAACUGGUGAAUAAGUCUUCCAGAAACAAGUUUUACCUUCAUCUCAAAAAAGUAAUGAUUCUUUAAAUAUAUAUUUUUCCUCAAGAAAUUUUGUAACUAAUUAAAAUUUUUUAAGUCUAAAAUAGAGUUUUCCAACGAUCCUUACCUUAAAAGUGCACUAGAAAGUACAAACAAGAUAAGGACUCAAUAAAGAAAAGCAUUGCCAUAAACUGUACCUUUCUUAAAGGCAAACAAAUGUGCUGUCCCUGCCUGUGUGUCUACAAACUCAGAUGGGAACCCUGCUGAGGGCUCCUUGGGCCUGUUGGAGCCAGAAAGGCAUACAGACUUUCUUACACAAGCAGCAUCGUGUCCCAACAUGAUGGUCAGUAUUUUAAAAUUGUGUUUUCUGCAUAGAAAGAGCGAAUAUAUGAAUGUUUUAUUGAGAAUAAGACCCAGGCAGUCCUGAGCUAAGUAAGCCCCCCGGAGAGAAUAAGGUGUCCUGGCUUACUACAUAAAAUGAAAGAGGAACACUGAAUACUCUUUUCCAAAUCAGAACCCCUGGGGGUUGAAAAUACUUCAACCAGAGUAAACAUUUUUCUCAUAUAUAUAUAUAGAUUUUAUUUUGUUCUCUGCAAAGUUGUGUCAUACUAUCUUGAACGACACUAACAGAUUUUGCAAUAAUUGGAUUUGUUUGAGGAAAAUUAACAAGAGGGCAUUUAAACUUUGCCUCCAGGGUGUUUUCCACACUUGAGAUCCACAGGAAGCUGCUUGCUUGAUCCCUGCCCUGACCAGUGCUGUUAACCCCUGCUGGCCCUUUCACAGCUACUCCCUGGCCUGCUGACCCUCCCCGGAGCAUCCACUUAGCAGGGGCUUCUGGGUCAACAGAAUGCCACUUUGGCAGCAAGUGCCACUUGGUUUUGAUUCUCCCCACUCUGAAAGGUGGUUCUUUUUUUCCCAAAAAAUUCAGAGUAAGUGAGAAUGAAUCCAUGUCACCAAACAGAAUAAGAACAAGGACAACCACUGUGUGUGCUUGCAGGGGAGUCGGGGGGAAACUCUAGAGCCAGCCCAAAUGCCGUAUUCUUCAUUUUUUUCCCUACGUUUUAAAGUUUAUUGAUCUUGAACUUUUAGGGGACAUAAAGAUGGAAUUUCAAAAAACAUAAACAAUGGACUCAAAGGAAAUCCAAGGGGGUAUAUCCGUGACUUGAAAGAGUCCUAUAAACCCAGAAAAGCUUAGUAAAUUAUUCAAACACUUAAUUCUGUCUGGUAGACCAAAUAUUGACACUUGGUUGAAUGGCUCCAUUAUGUCAAUGUUCCCAGCCCAUGUAAAAGUAGCUGUUGGCAGGUGCCUUCUUAAAGGACUGUUCCUAUGCGUGAAGCCUCAGUGGGACCUACUAUCCCUCAGAGGGGCCCUUUCUGGCUUGGAAGAGCAGACUCAGGAAACCCCAGUGUAGUCUUCAGGUCUUCUGAUGCUUCCAUAUGGAGGGGAAGUCCUUGUGGAGAAAGGCAUUUAUGUAAAUGAAGGAAGGGGACUUCCCUGGUGGUCCAGUGGUUAAGUAUCCGCCUUCCAAU